GUAAGAACAAGAUGUGUGAUGUGGCAACUUUCAACCAGAGGCAUUUUCAAGGCAGCUCUUCAGGAGGGGUCACAGAGAAGGGGAACUUCGACCUGUACUGGAAGAACAAAAAAGAGGGUGGAGAGGGGAAUCCAAUAAACCCGGCAUUUAAUCAGAUGAACUCGGGCUUCUUUGACCAGGUCAACUAUUGUGAGAGGUAUGAUGUCAAUGCUAAUGGAGACAAGUUCUCAAAGUUUGAUGACAUUGUGUCCCAGAUAUUAGAUGAUGACAGCUCCCUUUAUGCAUUUAAUCAAAACCUGAAAAAUCUGAAGCUCUCAUUCAGCCAAGGGAGCAAUGGUUCCUUGAGUGUUCCCUCCACCCCUGGCAGUGCCUGGUCUGCUGUGACAGAUGAGAUGCCACCAAAGGCCCAAGACAAUACAUUUGACUUUAACCUUCCUAGUAAUCCGGACUUGUCCACCAUCAACAAUAACCUAUCAGAUUUCAGCUCAGACAUCUCCCUAGAGGAUCUAGAAUCACUGCCAGCCAAAACAGAUGGUCCGGAUCUGGAACUGCUUCAGUCCUUUAUGAUAGAACAGUCCAAGAAAAGCCUGAAAAAUCAGACAUAUCUGGAUAAUCACUUAACAGAAGCUUUUUUAAGCAUGUACGACGUGAAAACCAUGCCAACAGCUCCUCCUCAGACCAAAAAUCUGUCUCAGCAAAGCAUAUCAGGGAAGGAAUCUCAGACCUGCCCACAGUGGCCUCCUUUUGACAACCAGCAUUAUCUCAACAGCCAGUCUAUAACAUCUAACUAUUCACAACCGGGAAACUUUUCUCAGUAUGCCAAGACUCAGUGCUUAUCACAGGGAAAUUUUGAUAAGACUGAACUCCCAAAGUUCCCCCCUGAAGUGCCCCCACCUUUGGCUUUUCCUCCAAGCAGAAAUCAUAACUUAAAAUCAGAAGCAUUAAAUUCUCCAAGAAACUCAGACAUGAAGUCUUUAAGUGAACAGGGAAAUUUGUUGAAUGCAGGGGUUGGAAAUUGUAGUCAGAGUUUUCAGCCAAUUGAGACAGGAGAUAGUAAAAAUAUACUGCAACCAAUCCGAGUCAGCACCCAUAAUGCGUUGAGUUAUCAGGGAUGUGCUGCUUCAGGACAGAGCACUCCUGUGUCACUGAAUGGAAACAACUACCAGGCAUUUGACAAGUAUACUUUGUCUCCAGUCACCAGUGCACAGGGAUUUAGUGUGCAACACAAACCUCAGAUCAGGUCACAGGAGAUUCCCCAGCUGCCUGCUUCCUACCAGUCUGUGUUGCCAGGGGACAAAUCUCAGUCAGGGAGACCUAAUGCUCACAUCUCCCAAGCCUUUAGGCAGAAAGUGGCCAAAAUGACCCUCCCCAGCCCAACACCAGCGAACCCCGAUGUCAAAUACUCACAUGAGAUGACUGACAAGUCACACCCAGUCACUCUACAUAGUCUGACACCCACCAGCUAUGGUGACUCUUCAGCGAAUCCCCCCCUCUACCACAAACGACUCUCCAGGGAUAACCUGUCAAUGCAAGACUUUCAGACACUAGGUACUGUGGCACAACCUCAUCACCCAGCAUUUGUCAAAUACCUGCCAAACUUCAUUGCCCCUCCACACUUCCUUGCCCCGUCUGGUGCCUUACCUAGUGAGGCCUUUGAGUACUACCAUGUGGACCCCUAUGGCAGACUGAUUCCACCAAUGUUGGCUCCAGAAAUGUAUUUGGACGUCCCUUACAUCUAUCCAGGGAUUCAUCAGGUUAUACCCAAUAUCAGAAACCCAAGGAGAAGUGGUCCAUCAAAUGAACUUCACCUCAAGCUGGAGGAGUGUUAUGACCAAUUCAGAAACAUAGAGAGAGAGAGGAAAAAGACAGAGGCAGAGUUGGCAAGGCAGAACCCUGGAAAAAAAGUGUCCAGCACUAACAACAUUGUAGUUCCGCGCCUACCCUCCAACCCUUCUCGUGUAGAUCGGUUAAUUGUUGACUCGUUCAAGGAACAUGCCAGGAUAAUAACCCUGGUGGACAAAAUGGAGAAGUUACGUAAUUUUGUGUUACAUCCAAACAUUCACUCAGCACUGGAGAGGUGGCUGGAAGGAAUUCGUAAAGUUCAGGCCCGCCGUAAGGAGGAGAUAGUAAAUGCCACAAACCGCCACAGGAAUGUAGGAAAUCGCCACCAGGAAGACAAAGAUGUCCUAGCUCUAGCAGCCAGCAUUGGAGAGCUAACUACUCUAUGUAAGAAGGCAAGAACAGCUAACUGGUGUGCUCUUCAAAUGGCUGACAAAGACAAUGCCCCCCUCAAUUCUCUUGGCUUUGAGAUCAAAACAGAAAUCACCAAGGAAGGAUUCCCUGUGUAUGUGUCACAACAGAAUGUCAUUGAGCUUCAGGAUGGAGUGGAGGAAACUGAAAACACAGAUAGUAAGGCCAAGGCAGAGGAGAAAUAAACAUCAGGGAAGGCAGAACAUUUACUGCUGUCAUGGAGUUGGAAUUUUUGUGCCAGUCUUUAUUUCUGCUUUUUGUGUUAUUAUUAUUAGCUUCUAAACAUGGUUCAUAGAUAUAGCAUUUAUUAGUACUGAUCUAUCAUGCCUAUAGAUUAGAAUAUGCCUGAUUAUUAUAUGAUGUAUUUGGGUAGAGAAAAGGUCAUCUUUUUAUGUAUUAACCUUGUGUUAAAUCAAUAAAGAAGUGGAGGGUUGCCUUCUUAUAUAAG